AUGGAGGAAGACCGAAUGAGCCAACUCCCUGAUGAUAUUCUUCUCCUCAUCCUCGGCAAAAUCGACACAUUUGAAGCGGUUAAUACAACCAGUCUUCUCUCCCAUAGAUGGAAAAACCUGUGGCGUUCCGUCUCCGCCCUCCGCUUCCGCUUCCACUUCAGCUUCGCCGCAAGUUUGCUUCCCGAUUUCUCUCUCGUAGAAGAGUCUGAUCGCCAAUUGCAAUCUCACCGCAAGUUUGUUUCCCAAUUCCUCUCUCACCGCGACGCCGCAGCCCCCAUCCACGACUUCCAUAUCUCAUUCGACGAAUUCCCAUUAGACCAGCCAACGAUCUACGGCUACCGUGUUCACAGGGAAUUCAUGGAUGAAUGCUUCCUCUACGCCGUCAACCACGGCGUUCAAUCCCUCCGCCUCUGGGCCCCCAGCCACCCCAACCUGAGGCUGCCGGAAGCGUGUAUCUCCUGCAAGACGCUGCUGGAGCUCAGGUUACAGGGCAGCCCGGUGAAACUCCCUGGACGCUUAUCCUUACUAAAUUUGAAAACCUUUCAUCUCCAAACCCUUAAUUUGGUCUUCGACGAUGAUGACAACAACAUGGAGCCCUUUUCCGGCCUCCCGGAGCUGGAGCAGCUUACUCUUAAAACCUUUUCAGCUGAUGGAAUUGUUUUAAAGGCUCCAAAGCUUAGAGUUCUUGAAAUCACCUGUAUUAUUUCCUUUGUAGCGAAAGAGGUUUCUGCUCCGUUGCUUACCUCGUUUAGUUACAAGGCUUUUGAUGCUUGGGAAUGUGAAAAGUUGAAUCUUCCGAUGUUGGAACAAGAUGCUUCACCAAUUUCGGAACGCUACCCUACCACAGUUUCAUUGACAUUGGACACUCUCAAGAUUCUUGAAUGCUAUGGUGGUCCCGAUGAGCAAACUCCUCCCCCAUUUCCCAACAUGAAGUGUCUCAAGAUGAUAGAAGGGCGUAACAAAAUGCGCACAGUGUUUCGGAGAGUAAUGAACUAUUUGACGGGGACUUUGUGUUGUGAGGUGAAGCUUCCUCCGGUUGACCGGGAAUUCGUGGAGGAAAGCGUGCUCUACGCCAUCAAUCACGGCGUUCAAUCCCUCCGCCUCCACGCCCCCACCAAACACAAGCUGAGGCUUCCCGCAGCGUUUCUCACCUGCGAGACGCUGUGGGAGCUCGAGCUCAGGCAGUUACGCAGCUCGGUUAAAGUACCCGGACGCUUAUCUUUACCAAAUUUGAAAACCUUUCGCCUUGAAACCCGUUUGGUCUUCGACGAUAAUGACAUCAGCAUGGAGCCCUUUUCCGGCCUCCCGGAGCUGGAGAAGCUUACUCUGAUCAAGUAUUCCUGGGAUGGCCUUGUUAUAAAGGCUCCAAAGCUUCGAGUUCUUGAAAUCAUCGAUUUUUAUAAAGUGAGAGAGAUUUCUGCUCCGUUGCUUACCUCAUUUAGAUACGAGUCUGCUGUCGCUUGGGAAUGUGCAAAUGAUACGUGA